CUAGAAGGAGAAGCCAUAGUCGGCGAGCACCCCUGGGGCAUCCGGCUCUGGUGCCGCUGCAGCCGGCAGAGAUGGUUGAGCUCCUGUUCCCGCUGUUGCUGCUCCUGCUGCCCUUCCUUCUGUAUAUGGCUGUGCCCCAAAUCAGGAAAAUGCUGUCCAGUGGGGUGUGUACAUCAACUGCUCAGCUUCCUGGGAAAGUAGUUGUGGUCACUGGAGCUAACACAGGUAUCGGGAAAGAGACAGCCAAAGAGCUGGCUCAGAGAGGAGCUCGAGUAUAUUUAGCUUGCCGGGAUGUGGAAAAGGGGGAAUUGGUGGCCAAAGAGAUCCAGACCACGACAGGGAACCAGCAGGUGUUCGUGCGGAAACUGGACCUGUCUGAUACUAAGUCUAUUCGAGCUUUUGCUAAGGGCUUCUUAGCCGAGGAAAAGCACCUCCACAUUUUGAUCAACAAUGCAGGAGUGAUGAUGUGUCCGUACUCGAAGACAGCAGAUGGCUUUGAGAUGCACAUAGGAGUCAACCACUUGGGUCACUUCCUCCUGACCCAUCUGCUGCUAGAGAAACUAAAGGAAUCAGCCCCAUCAAGGAUAGUAAAUGUGUCUUCCCUCGCACAUCACCUGGGAAGGAUCCACUUCCAUAACCUGCAGGGCGAGAAAUUCUACAAUGCAGGCCUUGCCUAUUGUCACAGCAAGCUAGCCAACAUCCUCUUCACCCAGGAACUGGCCCGGAGACUAAAAGGCUCUGGCGUUACGACGUAUUCUGUACACCCUGGCACAGUCCAAUCUGAACUGGUUCGGCACUCAUCUUUCAUGAGAUGGAUAUGGUGGCUUUUCUCCUUUUUCAUCAAGACUCCUCAGCAGGGAGCCCAGACCAGCCUGCACUGUGCCUUAACAGAAGGUCUUGAGAUUCUAAGUGGGAAUCAUUUCAGAGCCUUUCCUGUGCUAUGGAUUCUUAAUUCAUUUCGAAGAUCCAACAGCAGCCGUGUAGACCACCAUCAAGAAAUGAACAUAAAAGUCUGUUUUGAUUGAAGCCUUAAGAUUUUUGCACUGGCUAUUCUUUCUGCCUGCAACCACUAGUCUGCUUUAUGUCUCUAAGAAUUUGCCUUUACUGGACAUUUCAUAUAAAUGGAAUCAUAUGGUAUGUGGCCUUUUGUGACUGACUUCUUUUACUUAGCUUAAUGUUAUCGAGGUUCACCCAUGCCAAAGCAUAUGUCAGUACUUCAUUUCUUUUUAUUGCUGCAUAACAUUUCAUUGUAUAGAUUUGCCACAUCUUAUUUAUUCAUUCAUCAGGUGAUGGGCAUUUGGGUUUGCACUUUUUAGCUAUUUGAAUAAUACUUCUGUGACCAUUUGUGUAGAAAUUUUUGUGUGGACAUUUCUCUUGGGUACAUGGAAGUGGAAUUUCUGGGUUAUAUGGUAACUGUGUUUAACUGCUGAGGAACUGCCAAACUUUUCCAAAGUGACUGCCCCAUUUUACAUUCCCACCAGCAGUCUAUGAGUGUUCUAAUUUCUUCACAUCCUCAACAACAGUUGUUAUUGUCUCUCCUUUUGAGUUUAGCCAUCCUAGUGAGUAUGAAGGAAUAUCUUGUUUUUAUUUUCAUUUCAUUUUCCUACUAAUGAUGUUGAACAUUUUUUCAUGCGCUUUUUGGUUCAUUUGUUUCUUUGUUGGGGAAAUGUCUAUUCAAGUCCUUUGCCCAUUUUUAAGUUGGAUAAUUGUCUUUUUAUUGUUGAGUUGCAAGAGUUCUUAAUAGUCUAGAUACGAGUUCCUUGUCAGAUAUAUAAUUUGCAAAUAUUCUCCCAUUCUGUGGGUUGUCUUUUAAGUUUCUUAAUGGUAUCUUUUGAAAUAUAAAACUUUUAAAUUUUGAUGAAGUCCAGUUUAUCUAUUUGUUGUUACUUGUGCAGUCGUAUCUAAGAAAUCAUUGCCUUACCCAAGGUCACAAAGAUUUACUACUGUCUUUAGUAAAGACAGUUUUCUGUUACUAUAACAGAAUACCACAGACUGGGUAAUUUCUAAAGAAAUUUACUUAGCUCAUGGUUCGGGAGGCUGAGGAGUCUAAGAACAUGGUGCCUGGCAUUUGGUUGGGGCCUUCUUGCUGUGUCAUAAUAUGGCAGAGGGCAUCACAUAUGUGAGAGGGCAAGCAAGAACAAACCCACUCCCAUGAUAGUGAUAUUAAUCCAUGUAUGAGGGCAAAGCCUUUAUUAAUUAAUCUGUUCAUGAAGGCAGAGGGAUUAAGUUUCCAACAUGUGAUUUUUUAAGGGAUACAUUCAAACCAUAGCAACCCCUGUUUUCUUCUAAUAGUUUUAUAGUUGUAGCAUUACAUAGGUCUGUGAUCUAUUUUGAACUAUUUUUAUUUUAUUUUAUAAUUAUUAUCUUUUUGAGACGGAAUCUUGCUCUGUGACCCAAGCUGCUCACUGCAACCUCUGCCUCCCGGGUUCAAGCAAUUCUCCUGUCUCAGCCUCCCGAGUAGCUGGGACUACAGGUGCACACCACCACGCCUGGCUAAUUUUUGUAUUUUUAGUAGAGAUGGGGUUUUGUCAUGUUGGUCAGGCUGGUCUGCAACUCCUGACUUCAAGUGAUCCACCCUCCUCACCCUCCCAAAGUGCUGGGAUUAUAGGCGUGAGCCACCACACCCGGCCUUGAACUAAUUUUUGUAUAUGAUAUGAGGUAGGGGUCAACCUUCAUUCUUUUGCAUGUGGAUAUCCAGUGCCUUAGCACCAUUUGUUGAAAAGACAGUUUUCUACCCAUUGAAUUGUCUUGGUAUCUGUAUUAGUCUGCUCAGGCUGCCAUAGCAGAAUCCCACAGACUGGGUGGCUUAAACAAUAUAAAUUUAUUUUCUCACACUUCUGGAGACUGAAAGUCCAAGAUCAAGGUGCUGGCCUGGUUGGUCUCUGGUGAGGCCUGCCUUCCUGACUUCCGAAUGGAUGCCUUUUCUCUGAGCCCUUGCAUGGCCUUUCCUCUAUGUACACACACUCCUGGUGUCUCUUCCUCUUUUUAUAAGGACACUAGUCCUGUUGGAUUAGGGCCCUGCCCUGAAGACCUCAUUUAACCUUAGUUACCUCCUUAAAGGCCCUAUCUCUAAAUACAGUCACACUGGGGGUUAGGGCUUCAACAUAUUAAUUUUGGGGGAACACAAUUGGAGUAUAACAGUAAGUUUGUCAAAAAUCAAUUGACCAUAAAUAUAAGGGUUUAUGUUUCACUUUUCUGUUCUGUUCAUUUGUAUGUCUGUCCUUAUGCCCGUAUCACACUAUCUUGAUUACUAUAGCAUUGCAGUAAGUUUUGAAAUUAGUUUAUCUUUUACCUAUACUAAUUCUUAGCAAAAUCCCCCUGGAAAUGUCAAUACUGUGACCAUGCUGAUGCCAUAGGCACACUUAAAUAGCUCUUACUUGGCUGGGCGCGGUGGCUCACGCCUGUAAUCCCAGCAUUUUGGGAGGCUGAGGUGGGCAAACUACUUGAGCCCAGGAGUUCAAGACCAGCCUAGGCAACAUAAUGAGACCCCAUCUCUAUAAAAAAUGCAAAAAUUAGCCAGGCGUGGUGGCGUGUCCCUGUGGUCCUGGCUACUUGAGAGGCUGAGGUAGGAGGAUCACCUGAGCCUGAGGAGGUUGUAGUGAGCUGCGAUCGCACCACUGCACUCCAGCCUGGGCAACAGUGAGACCCUGUCUAAAAAAAACAACCAGAAAGCUCUUGCUGUAGUAUUUGAUUACUUUUUAUAGCCUACAAGGAAGCUUCAUGUCAACUGUGUUCUUUGCUCUUCACUGUAACCUUAUGAAGAGUAUAAGGCACAGUGCAGUGGAGGACGCAGAGGCUUACAAAGGCUGAGUCAUUUCCAGAGAGUGAUACAGAGCCUUGUGGUUCUCACUGAUGAUCUUUUCACUAAGAAAUGGCAAGUUGUACUGGUCAUACUGUUGGGUCUUCUUAAACAGAAGUACUGAUAAGACUUGUUUUGUAAAUGUGAUGAUAUUUUGAAAUGGUAUUUCUCAAACUUUAGUGUGUUCAAGAAUCAUCUGGAGAACUAGUUGAAAACAGAUUCCUGGACCACAACCCUAGAGAUUCUCAUUCAGUAUGUCUGGAGUAGGGCUGGAGAAUUUCUAACAAGCUCCCAGUUGAUGCUCCUGCUGCUGGUUUGUGGUGCACACUUUGAAUCCCACCGUCUUACUGGACAUAGUGUUAAGAGUUUGCAUAUAUAGUUAAUUCAGACUUGUCAACUCUUUCACCUUCAGAAUUUGCUUAGAAUACUGAGGAAGCAAUUUUCUUGAAAUAGUAUACUUUUAAAAAUUGUUUCCUCACAUGACUUUAAAGAUUGUAAUCCAUUCAAUCAUUUUUUUAAAAACUUUGACUGAAUGCUUACCAGAUGUAUACCAGAUCCAGAGAAUAUGAAAAUGAGUAUGUCCCUAAGAAAAUUUUCUGCAUUGGAAUUAUAAAAUUAUAAAACUUGGAAUUACAGGCUGGGUGCAGUGGCUCACGCCUGUAAUCCCAGCACUUUGGGAGGCCGAGGCAGGCGGAUCACUUGAGGUCAGGAGUUCAAGACCAGCCUGGCCAACAUGGCAAAACCCUGUCUCUACUAAAAAUACAAAAAUUAGCCAGUCAUGGUGGCAGGCACCUAUAAUCCCAGCUACUCUGGAGGCUGAGGCAGGAGAAUUGCUCAAACCUGGGAGGCGAAGGUUGCAGUGAGCUGAGAUCGCGUCACUGCACUCCAGCCUGGGCAACAGAGUGAGACUCCGCCUCCAAAAAAAAAAAAAAACUUGGAAUUACGGCAAUGAAGAGAGGGUAUAUGAAACACUUUGCUAUGAUUUGAAUGUGUCCCUCAAGGUUCGUAUGUUGGAAACUUAAGCCUCAAUACAACAGUGUAGAGAGGCAGGGCCUUUAAGAGGUAAAUUAGGUCACAAGGGCAGCCCUCAUGAAUGGAUUAAUGCCAUUAUCUCUGGAAUGGGUUCAUUAUCGUGGGAGUGAUUCCUUAUUAAAGGAUGACUUGGGUCCCCUUCCCUCUCUUACCCAUGUGAUGCCUUCCAUCUUGUUAUGACACAGCAAGAAGGCCUUCAUCAGAUGCCAGCCCCUUGAUCUUGGACUUCUCAGCUUCCAUAAUCAUAAGCCAGUUUCUGUAUGCUCAUUGUAGUUACCCAGUUUGUCGUAUUCUGUUACAGCACCACAAAACGGACCAAGACACCUGGUACCUUGGUUUUACCAUUUCUUUUCUGUGUUGCCUUUUCCUUUUGUUGUUUUCGAAGCUGGCUUUACUUCUCAUGAGUUUACAAACAGUAUAACUUCAAGUAGUCCAGAAAUAAGCAUUUUUUUUUUUUUUUUU